AUGUCUUCACACAAUGAAUGGACUCGACUUCAGCCACUGACAAAAAACAGUUUCAUCUCGAAAAGGAACGGCCAGCUUGGGGAACCCUGGAAAAAGUACACCGAACAGAAAAACAGUAUUGUGGGAUUUAUCGGUUCCCAGCUGAGCAGCGCAGCUCUCCGAAGGUACAAGGUGAGAGUGGACAUCAUGAAAAAGUGUUCUCACUACAUGGACGUCAUGUGGAAAGAUUUAUCAUUUGGCGACCAGAACUACAUGACAACUUCCACUAUGUUUCAUUUGAUUGAUCCGUGGAAAUUUCAACAGAUGAAGAAAAUAGGAACCACCCAGAUAAAAAUCAAGCUGCAUCUUCUAGAAGAAUUUUAUAAAGAGAUCAAGCAUGGGAAGGAGCAACUGGAGACCAUCUUGCGCACUUACGACAUGGCGACGUUCUCGUCGGAAUGGGAGUCUAUCCAAGAAAGGCUUGUGCACGUCACCAAAGUGCUUUCAGAUUUCAAUUCCGUUCUGAUGCCAGGUAAGCUUCACACAAAACACCGGCUCAUCUCCGACAUGGGACACACCAAAAUCCCACACAUUAGACUGGCUGUUAACGUAAAGAUGCCUGUAGUCUUUGACAAAAAGGAGUCACACUCUUUCCAAGAGAGUGCAAUGCUUACGUGGUAUAUAGAAGGCCAGUCAACUCUCCACCCCCCUGAACAGUUUGAAGUCAGAUACAAAUUAAUAACCCCAACCACACUGGAGGAAGGCAGUCAGUUUGGGACAAUUUCUGUGUCUUCCUUCAGCAUUGAGAUUGGAAACCUUCUGCCUGAGAAAAGCUAUGAGUUUACUAUUAAGAGGGCAGAAACCUACUGUUUAAUUUAUGGAUUUUGGAAUGACACCAUCGUCUUGAAAACAAAACCCAGCCCAACUGACCAUGUGGAUUAUUUUCAAAACGCCAGCUGCUGUUUUGUGUAG